AUGGUAACACCUACCCGGACUUUAGCCAAAUGGCAGGCAAUUAACCUUGAAACAAGUUUCAGCUACUUGCACUUGCUCAAUGAGUACAUUAAACUGGAGGAGUUAACGGUAGCGGAGCUGAUUAAAAAUAAACAGAAGGGAUUGGAGAAGAUGGAUUUGACCGAUAACUGCAUUCAGAAACUGGAGUCAUUACAACACAAUAUGAGCAUUUAUGAUAGCAAGUUAAAGGGACAGAAGACCAAAGAAAUUGGUAAACUCCAUGCAGCAGCACCUACUGGAGGGAAAGACAUUUGCCAUGCAGCGUCCCAGUCUAAAUCUGGACCAGUUGCACCUAAAAUCUACACACCAAAUUUUAAGAAGAUCCAUGAAGCUCAUUUUAAAAAGAUGGAGUCUAUUGAAACAUAUGUGGAGAAGAAGAGAAGACGGGUUGAAGAUUUUAGCAAUUCUGUCAAAGAAAUUAAGAAAGCAAUAAAAGAAAGGCGAUCUUUGUUCAGUCCUUUGUCUGCUGUGCCUAAAGACAGUUGUACUCCAGCUCAUAACCAGGGAACCACCCGUAUAACUAUUGGCACUCCAGCUAACAUACGGCGUUCACCACGUGUUUCAGCAUGCCAUACUAAGAGUAUCCUGUGUGACAAGUCUGCAUUCAAGCCUCCCAACUUGUCUACAGCAAAAAUGAAUGUCAGGUUUACUGAAGCAACCAAGGAUAAUGAGCACAAGCGUUCCUUGACCAAAACUCCAGCCAGGAUGUCACCUUAUUUGUCAUCUUUUGAUACACCCACUAUUGGUGCGAGAGAGACUGAGCGAAGACUUUCCCAACAUCCUGAGUCUGAUGCCAAGUUUAGACCCUCAGGUAUAACUCCAUUCAAGUUUAGUGCUCAGCUUGCAGACACCCCAGGCACCAACAAGAAAUCUAGUUUUGAUCUCAAGGCAAGUCUGUCUCGGCCUCUUGGUUACCAGCCAUAUAAAGGAAAGUUGAAACCGUGGGUGGAGCAAAAGGAAAAUAAUCCUCCAAAAAUGCCUGCGAAUAAUGCUGCUUCUCUUAAAAAGAACUAUAAGCAACCAGUUCUUAAGACAAGAGAGGACAGGAGAGAGAAGCUCAAAGAAGAAAGAAAUGAGAAGAAGCAAAAUGUAAUUAAAGUGCGCAGAGGCCUAGUUAUGUCUUAAAAAAAUCAUGUCUAUUUUGUAAAUAGUAAUGUGCUUUUACUUUUUUACAUAAAUACAUCUGUAUAGCUUCAACUUUAUGCUUUUUAAAAGCAGAAUUGAUAAUGCACUUCUGUAUUUAUUUUUAACUUUGGGAUUUGAAGCAGUCCAUUCAAACCGAAAUGAAGAGCAGUCCUCUGUACCUGCUUGCCUAACAUGCAAUACAAUCAGGAUAAAAUUGCCCCACUUAUUGAUACUGCAUGACUGUCACCACACAUCUCCUUUCAUGUGCAUAGAAUGUGUCUGUAUUAAUCUGUAAAAGAUAGUAAUGAAUAGCUUGCUUUGUAUACUGACUUCGGGAGACGGGCAAGAUGCGAGUUGCUUACCCUAGCAAACCAUGAUGACCAUAGGGACAGAGCUGCAUUUAACUUGUGAAUUCUCAACAUAAUGCAAACCACUUAAAGCAUUUUCUUAGCAACAGCAACAUUUGUAGUUAGAAGUCUUACAGGGUUUAAGUAUGUUGGCCUAAAAAAAAAAGCUAUAAUUCAUAAAACUAUGGCAAUGGGGAAAAAGACCCAUAUCAGUGCGCAAAAAAUAAAAAUGUCCUUGCAGGGAUGCCCCCCAUUACUAAUAGUAGCUAUGGAACUUGAACAUUGAUGAAACUGCUGUCAGCCAAGUAGCCACGUGGGAAAUCUUUCUUUAAGGAGGGUCAUUGUAGCAGUAAUUCAUAAGCUACCUCCAAUACCUCUGCAAAUCAGCUUUUUUAUGGCCUAAAUCUCCAUGUAUGGACCAAUGUGAGCGUUUUGUACAAGUAUGUAGUAAUGAGUGGCAGGUGUCCUCUAUAUCAAAGCAUUUACUUCUAAUAAAAAAAAAAAAACUUGUGUCUUUGAGAUACUGGACAGUUGACUGCAUUUUGAUAUGCUAGCAAUUUGUGUCCAUUCUUGGCCUACUUUCUAGGUGUAAAUUCUCUAGUGCUGCUUGUAUUUUGACAUUAUCCACAGGAGUGUAAUGAUGUCCCCUCAGAAGUCUCUUAUUUGGUAGAAAAUUUGCACCAGAAGUUUAUUUUUGAUGCGUUUAUCUAGAAUUUUUAUAGCAUCAAUUAUUGUACUAUAAUUUUAAUACCAGUAGUCUUAAGGUCUGGUACUCUUAAAGCAGACCAGUCUUUCUUGGUACAGAAAACAUUACAGUACCAGAAGUGUAACAAACUGCAAGUUAUCAAGUCAGAAAAAAUAAUAGAAUAGGUACAAUACCAGUAACUUUUAAAAACAAGAAACCUAGAAAAGUUGCAAAAUCAAACAAGUUGUUGGGGAGAAAUCCAUGAAUUGAAUUUCCUUAAGUUAAUUUAAAAAUAAACACACAGGCUCUCCAUGUCAGGGGGAGGCUUGCAGCUUGUCAAAAAGGACACCAAAAGUUGUCUUUUAUAUCAGUCCAAGAUUCUGUUAAAUUUUAGGGCUCCACAAUGACACAAGGUAGCAAUUUCAAACAACUUGUCAAUUUUCCACCAAUCAGAGAAGCAGCUUUCUUCAACAGGAAUCUUAGUCACUGUAGAACCAAACAGCCUUUCACCUUGAUGCAUCCAGUCAUGCAUUUGUACAUAUUUUAUAGGCUAAGGUUAUAACUAUCAUAGCUUCCUAGGCAUUUUCCAGAGGUAACUGCCUUUGUGAUAUGAUUAUCCUGUUUUGGUGUAAGAAGCAAGUAAGUACACACCCGAGGAUCUUGCCAAGCCAUCAUGCCUUCUACCCUUCGACUGCUUGGAUGAUGGCUUCAGACAAGGUGGCACAUAUAAAUACAAGACAGUUGCAUGGGAGCAAAUGCAUCAGUUGUGGAAGUAGGAGAAUCUUCCUUAAGGUACAGGAGUAAAAACUGCCAAAAAAUUGCUGCUGUUUAUCAGUAAUGGAUAUUCACCCAUCAUGUUAAAAGCAUGAAUUUCUGGUUAAUUACCUUUAACUUGCUCCAACAAGCAUGACCAAUUAAUUUUCAUUCUUGCCAUGCACUCUGCAGUUUUAUAAGGCUAGCUUUUAUUUUUAUUUUGCAGCUGUGACAUUUGGGUUAUCCAUAACCUUUGUGAAUGCUUUGAUUCAAUGUUUGUUCAUUUAAAGCUUUUCCCAGUUUGCCUUCUCCAUGUUGAUCAGCUACUUAAACAAUCUAGCUACUACUGCAAACAAGUCUCUUCUGUCCCAGUCUCCGAGAGUAGCACUCAUUUGCCUUACUUGGACUAGGGUUGUAAACAUGGGCACAAUUUGGUGGAGACUAAUGGUUAUACUAUGAUGAUGUCUAGAAGGGGGUUGGGUUAUUACAUGCUUUAGAAAGUAAACAUGUAGAUGGCUAAGCCCACACAGUGCCAUGCCCUUGGACAUUGCAGGCUUAGGCAAGGAGAUGCCCUUCCAUACUUAUGACAGUUCUUCCUGGCUUUAUCCUCACACCCAGAAUGAGACUAAGCUGCCACCUGGGAACAAGUGGAUCAUUAGCGUGGUAAGGGUGAAAAUUGGUGGACAGCAGAGCACAGUGAAAAAGAAAAAAGGUUUGUGUGCAGCUGUACCCUGGAAAUGUAUGCACACAUUUGCAAAAUGCUGCAAGUGUCAGGAAGUUAGUAUUCUGCUAGUCCACUGCUCUGGAUUAGUACCCUUAUUAUUUAAGUAUAGUGCUUCAGGCAUAUUAUUUGAAGAUAGUGUGACUGUGCAAAUGCUUUCACAAUGAUAGUACUGCUUUGAGGGAGUGACUCAAUCAAUAUGACCACAUCCUCUGUCUUUAGAGAUGGGAAGACUGAUAGAUGAUGUAGUUGGAUCACUACUGAACUGGUGCUUGUGAAAUGUGAAUAUUGAUACAACAGUCACUCCCUUGAAUUACCACCAUUAGAAUGAAGAGAAUUUCACAGUUUUACUAACUUCAGAUGAAGUCCCUCCAACUGAAUAUUUGAUAGUUAAGAUGGGAAGGUGACGUUAGAAGUAGAAGCACAUUCACAUUAAUCUUGAACUUUGAUGGUUGUAUUCCUUAAUCUUGCAAGCUCUUGUAUCAUUUCUGAACUCUGGUCCUUCUAUGGGAAGAUCGCAGGUGAUGGCAAUGUUUUUCACUAGCUGGAGCGGGCCCACACACGUUUUGUGUGGCUCACUGUUGUAUUUAUUCAAGAGAUCUCCACUUCUGGCCAAGUCCAGCAUCUGACAAUGUGGUUGAGUACUGUGCUUUGAAAAUCAGGUGCAUGACCCUACCAACCUUUUGUGCUAGUUUUAAUUAAACAAAAAAAAAAAAAAAAAACGAAAAAUGUAUGAACAUUUCUAGAUGAGGGAUUUCAGGGCCUUUUUUUUUCUGUUUGUCAUCUUGAAGGGACUAAAAUGAAAAUUAAACAUUUACAAAAUGUAGAGAGAAAUUUUCAAGAGCACACUGACUCAAGGUUUGAGGUAUGGAGCAUAUGUCUGGUUUUCUGCAAGUGCAGGCAGAUCUGAGCAUCAGGGCCUAAACCUGUUUUGCUGGGCAAGACUUCUCAGUUGAUCCAAUGAGUUCCCCCACUAGGGAGGCUGAGGUCCAUUUUAGGCUCUCCCUUGAAAUGCUGAGUCCCAACAAGCCGGAGGGAAAAGACUGAUAAUGCAAGAGAAGAAAAAAAUAUUGAACACUGCUCUUUUUCCUUUAAACUUUUUUUUUCAGGGGACAAGUAAUGGCAGUCUCUGACUUAGUAUAUGCAAGUGUGAAUGUUUGGCCAUUUGAUCUCAUUAUUCUUGUCGUUCCGAAUCCUUAUAUUUCAAACAUUUACCCCACUUUAAUUACAACUUCCUACCUGGUAUCUCUGCUUCAAUAGGGUUAUUACCAGUGAUUUUAAAAAUGGAGUAAGGAAAAGGUCAGUUAAAUAAGGCCUUCAUCCACACCAGAUAUGUUUCCAGAAAAAAAAGUCUGGGUUCUGAUUGGAUUCUGACCUAGUGACACCCUCAUAUUUUUUGUCCCUUUUUACCAGAGCCCUUCUGCUUCAAAUACCACCUUUCCCCAUAUCUGUCCUAUUGGCAUUUCAUUUUGGCAGAGACUGCAGUCUUGCAAGAGGAAACUGUCUAUUCUAGUUAAGCCAUUUACCUCUGGAGUAAUUAAGAAAAUGAAAGGACUCUUUUUGUCUCCACCUUCAAGUCUUGAGGAGGAAAGGAAGACCAAGUCUAGCUGAUGGUGGUCUGCAUGUGGUUCUCCACUUGGGCUACGGGCUGAAGUGGAAUAACUUGCUAUGUUUUGGCACCCAUCCCCAACCCCUGGACUUUCAGUUGUAGUCAUUUUAAGUAGUGUAGAAAGACUUUAUCCUAAUGGUUUCUGUAAGGCAAUACAUAUUUUCUGUUUUAACAUGCAAUGAAAGGUGCCACAGAUAUAUUGAGUACUUUUACAGUGCAUAGACUCAUUCAAACUUCCAUGAAAAGGCGCACAGAUGUUCAUUUAUCUAGUAAUUCAAUUUAAGCUAUCCUGGUAUUGGAUGUACUGCUUCUGGUCAUGCAUUUGUACAUAUUUGUUUGUAUUGAUACACUGUUGCUUAGUCCUGUUAUGUUACAGCUGUCUUAAAUGUUGUACUCCAAAAACCUGGCUUUUAUCAUAGUUCUUAACAGCAAAAUGUUUCCUAAAAUGCAGUUUGUUGUGAUUAUUGAGCUCUUAACUGUUUUAAUACUUUUAAAAAUGCAAGUUUGUCAUAUUUUCUAAAAUGAAACUGCACUAUAUGAACAAGAAGAAAAAAAAUUAAAUGUUUGGUUACAUUUA